AUGACUAAUGUCUUUUGGGAAUCCGUUUUAAUCAGACGCUCAGUUUGGCAGUGGUUUUGGUCUCAAACCCAUAGUCGUGUCCGUUUUGGUGGUCAUUGCAAACAAUAUCUUAACAUAUUUUUUACCAAUAAUGUGUUGCACUCCCAUUACGACGGCACAGGUAUGUUCGUGGGCUGUCACGUGGACACGUCGACCGGUAUGUUGACCUUCACCGCCGACGGUAAACCCACGAAACACAAGUACCGCAUAGAGCCGGGCAUCAAACUCUUCCCGGCCAUCAUAUUCGAGGCCACCAGCAAAGAGUGUCUGCAGUUCGAGUUGGGCCGCACGCCCACCACUCUGCCCCUGUCGGCCGCCAUUUUGAAAACAUCGGACAAACACCUGAUCCCUCAGUGCCCGCCGCGACUCAAAGUCCAAUCACUGCAGGCGUAUCAGUGGUCACGUGUGCCGAACCAGUCGCUCAAACCCCACGCGCUGAAACUCUCGGACAUUAGGGGCUGGUCUAUGCUGUGCGAAGACCCGGUGUCUCAGCUCGUGGUACACAUACCCGAAGAGGACCGUUGCGUCGAUAUACUGGAGCUCAUCGAAGCGGAACGGCUGCUUGCUUUUCACGCACACACACUAGCCCUGUACGGGGCCCUCUGUUUUCAGGGCAACAACAGAGCGGCGCAUAUCAUCUGCGGUCACGUGGACGAGAAGCAGCUCAUGUACGCCAUCGAGAGUCAGUACAUGUCGGGGCCGUUGCGGACCGGCUUCGCGGACCUAUUGAUAGCCCUACACCUGGAAGUGCACGCAAACGCCCGCCAUCUGACCCAAAACGAGUUUAUCGUACCGGUGGGCGAGUCGCUCAAGAAGCUCUAUCUGCAGGAGUCGAUGGUGCACUCGAUCUCGUCGCUGGAGUGCGUGUCCAUACGGCCGGUGAUGCGAAUGGCCGAACCGGGACAAUCGCAGCCCCAGCCGGUGAUCGCGCCGCCCGGCAGCGAGUGGUCGUCGGUGAAGGACCAGUCGUCGCCCUACUUCCCGGUCGACGUGUUGAAACAGUUUGUGAUGGAAGCGCUGGACGACGCCGUGAAGAAGGGUAACCGUCCGAAUCGGGAUCCCAUUGGCGGCUCCAAUGAGAACCUCUUUGUGCCGCUCAUCAAACUGGCCGACAAACUACUGCUGAUCGGGUGUAUCACCGAUCAGGACUUGGAGUGGAUACUCAUACUCAUUGAUCCCGAAACGUUUGACACCGAUUACGACUUCAACGCCGAGCCCCGCAUGAAAGGCCUGAUGCAGAUGAGUCUCGAUGAAGGCGUAAAGCUGGAGAUGUGUCACAUAUUGCACCACUUGCUGGACCUGCAACUCCGGCAUCGGGUCGAGUCGAUCAUAGCGUUCAGCAGCGGUUACGUCGGCGAAUUGCAAGCGGAUCAGUUGCGCCGGUAUAUCGAGAUCAAACAGGAGGACCUGCCGGCGGCGGUGGCCGCCAAGAAGACCCGCGAGUUUCGGUGCUCACCGCAGGAACAGAUGAAAUCCAUACUCAACUUCAAGGACUACGAGGAAGAGUCGGCCGGCGAUCAGAGUUUGUGCGGCGAAGAGAUCAGAGCCAAACUAAACGCACUGCACGACCAGCUGAUGGCGCGCAUCAAAGUUACCACCGAAGAGGGCGGCAGCGGUGAAGACACGGCUAGUGUUGACUCCGGGAUCGGUUUGGACGGAGCGGACGCCCGGCGGACGGGUUGGGGCAAUAAAAUACUGUCGAUCGUUAAGAGUGUUAAGUCUAUCGGCCAUAAGGAAGAGUCGCCGCCCGAAGAGGAGAAACCGGCGCCCGAAGACGUAUUGACCAAAAAGAUUGUGUCGACUGUUAUUAAAUGGGCCGAAGAGUCGGAGAUUGAGAAUCGGGAACUGAUCCGACAGAUGUUUCACCUGUUGUUGCGCUGUUAUAACGCUGUGGGAAAGCUGAUGGACGCGCUCCAGAAGACAUACGUUAUAAGUAUGGUGUCUAAGACUGAUGUCGAACAGUUUGUGGAGCACCUCAAUAAAGUGCGGGCCCUUUUGCCCGUGCAAAUGGGUCCGGACGAAGAACAGGUGAUGCGCUACUCGCUGUGGACAAUGGUCAACAACCGUGUAUUCUUCCAGCACCCGGACCUGAUCCGCAUACUCCGCGUCCACGAGAACAUAAUGGACGUAAUGAUGAACACAUUGGGCAAACAGAAGGCCAACAGCGGGUCGGCGGCGGCCGAGACGAGCGAAAAGGGUCUGUCGGACACAUCGGAGAUGGUAGUGGCCUGUUGUCGGUUCCUGUGCUUCUUCUGUCGCUCCGGACGGGUCAACCAGAAGGCAAUGUUCGAUCACUUGAACUUUUUGCUCGAACACUCAAACAUACUGCUGUCGCGCCCAUCACUCCGGGGCACCGCACCCCUCGAUGUGGCCUACAGCUCACUCAUGGAGAACCCGGAGCUGGCGCUGGCCCUACGCGAGCACUAUCUCGAGAAGAUUGCCGUCUAUUUGUCGCGCUGUGGUCUGCAGUCCAAUCAGGAGCUGAUCGAUAUCCCGAUAGGGCUGCACCCGACCCUAGGCCAGCUUCCGCUUGCCAUAGACCUAAAGGAAGCGAAGACGCAAACCCUCAACGGCGAGUCCGUCGAAGAGAACUCCAAUCUCGUGAUACGGCUACUGAUCCGACGGCCCGAGUGCUUAGGGCCCGCCCUUAGGGGCGAAGGGCCCGGACUGUUGGCCGCCAUCAAAGAGGCCAUACAAAUGUCGGCCAAAAUACAGGCCGAACGCGACGCCCGAAUGGCCAGACCUGACGCCCCGGAAGAGCCCGACGAGGACUGGAUCGAUAUGGGCGCAGCCAUAUUGAACUUCUACUGCGCUUUGGUGGACCUGUUGGGCCGGUGCGCGCCCGAAGCGGCCACCAUAGCCCAGGGCAAGAACGAGUGUAUGCGCGCCCGCGCUAUACUCCGAUCGCUGGUCCCGUUGGAGGACUUGGAGGGUGUGCUGUCGUUGCGCUUCUCACUCCAGUCCAGUGGUUCAUCCGGGAAGUCGGAUAUGCCAACGAGUCUAAUGCCCAAUCAUAAACAAUCGGUGGUACUAUUCCUGGAACGGGUGUACGACAUUCUUCCGCCUCCUGGAGGAGGGCUUUCUGCCCGACUUGAGAGCGGCCACAAUGUUGGAGACGGCGGACGGCGGCGAGUCACUCUACAGCGACCGCGAGUUGUCUUGCGGCUGUUGACCCGGUUGGAUAACCUGCGGUGUGACGUAUGCCACAACCGGUUGGCCAAAGUCAAGACACUGACCAAAGGCCAGCGCGAGUGUGUGUCCGACUUUCUCAACGCCGACAACUGGGCCAACCUAUUGGACGCCACACUGCAUACGGUGUACCGGUUGGCCAAAGUCAAGACACUGACCAAAGGCCAGCGCGAGUGUGUGUCCGACUUUCUCCAACUACACAGACACUUGACACUUACCAUUUGGGAAGCGAGUAGCGCAUCACCUGUUCUUCGUCCGGACCCAUUUGCACUGCGAGUCUCACUGACGCGGGAAAUGCAGCCUUCAAUGCUGUUACGAUUGCUACGCAAACUGUGUAACGACGUGUCUGUGCUGACCGACUACACCACUGUCGCCCUCCGACUACUGACCCUACACUACGAGCGUUGCGCUAAAUACUACUCGAGCGGCGGUCAGGGCUCGUACGGUACGGCCUCCGAAGAGGAACGCCGGCUGACCAUGGUGCUAUUCAGCAAUAUAUUCGACUCACUGGCCAAAAUGGCGUACGACCCGGACCUGUUCACACAGUCGCUGCCCUGUCUGACAGCCAUCGCAGCCGCGCUGCCGCCCGACUACUCACUAACCAACAGUAAUUUGGACGAUAUUAUCAACAAAAACGGUGCCACUGACGGCCCGUACAUACCGGAGCCCGUGAACAUUGGAUCCGUUACACUGUCGGCCGAAAUGAUGAAUUUGGUGCAGAAAUUCUCUGAGCACUAUCACGAUGCCUGGGCCUCCAGAAAGUUUGAAAACGGCUGGCAAUACGGCGACAGUUGGCAGUACCGCAAGAGUCACCCCCGACUCAAACCAUACCAUCUGCUCAGCGAUCGCGAAAAGGAGAGGUAUAAGGAGCCCAUUAGGGACGCCAUUAAAGCGCUGUUGGCCAUGAAUUAUAAGGUAGAGCAGUCAGAGUCGGGUCAGUCAACGCUAACCCGGCAAACGUCGCGCACAGACAUGACCGCACAAAACAUAUCGAUCGCCGACUAUAACCCGCAACCCGUAGACAUGGCUAACCUCACGCUCAGCCGCGAUAUGCAGACAAUGGCCGAGAGGUUAGCCGAGAACGCGCACGACAUGUGGGCCAAACAGGUGAAGACAGAGGCACAAGCGCUGGGCGGCUGUAUUCAUCCCCAAAUGGUUCCGUACGAUUUGCUCACCGAUCGGGAGAAGAAGAAGAAUAGGGAGCGAUCACAAGAGUUGCUUAAAUUUUUCCAAUUCGAGGGCUUCAAAGUGUUCCGUACCGAAACCAUUACUGACCAAAGAAACAGAUUGGGUUCAGUGAUCAACGCGGACGGCGCCGCCGGACUCGCCGGCCAGUCGACUGAGUGCCGUACCGAAACCAUUACUGACCAAAGAAACAGAUUGGGUUCAGUGAUCAACGCGGACGGCGCCGCCGGACUCGCCGGCCAGUCGACUGAGUGCCGGUUCGCGUCCAGUUUGCUCGAGAAGCUGCUCCAGUAUCUGGACAUCACCACAAUGUCGCUCAAACUGUUGAAACCGUCGGCCAAUCACACGCGUCGCUCGUCGUUCAAACAGACCUCGCGUGACGUGACGUUCUUCAGCAAAGUUGUCCUCCCGUUGAUGGAGAAGUACUUCUCGGCUCAGCGCUCGUUCUUCUUGACCUCCGUGGCCGCCACUACCGGUACGUACUGCACGGGUCGACACAAUUGUUUAACUUUUAUAUUGUGUUUGUUUUUUGUCGGCACCCGAUGUGUAGGUCAAGUGGCGGUGAACGCCGGUAUAGCCACUGUGCGGGAACGGGAACUCGUGGCCAACUUGUUCUGUAAAUUGGCCGCCUUUUUGCGGUCAAAACUGUCGGUCAUCGGCUUUGACGCCAAGAUAUCUGUGCGGUGUCUGCAGGUGCUAAUCCAGGCGACCGACGCCAAGACAAUCGUGAAGUACUCGCCAGACUUCGUGAAGACAUCGAUGUUGACAUUCUUCAACCACACGGCCGACGACCUGAGCACAUGUGUAUUCAAUCUGCAAAACGCCCGCUUCUCGCACAUCAGGGGCACCACAAUGAAGACCUCGUCGUCGCUGAACUACGUCCAACUGGUGGUACUACCGGUGCUCACGUCGCUGUUUGACCACUUGGCCGGCAACGACUUCGGCUCAGACCUAUUGCUGGACGAUAUACAGGUGGCCUGUUAUAAGAUACUGAACUCGCUGUACACGUUGGGCACCAAACACGCCGACCUGACACUCAGCCGCCGGUUCAUUAAGUCGGAGUUGGACCGGCAUAGGGCGGCGCUGGGCAACUGCUUGGGUGCGUUCGCGUCCACUUUCCCGGUGGCCUUUCUGGAGCCGCAUCUCAAUAAGCAUAACAAGUAUUGCAUUCACGGCAAGAGCGAAGAGCACUCACUCGAGGCGCAGACCGUGUUGUCCGAGUUGGACGCCUCGAUGCCCACGUUGGACGACCUGAUGGCACACAUCGACAAAUACGUUCAGCAGAGCACACGCUAUCUGAGCGAACCGCACACCAUCGAUGUCAUACUGCCAAUGCUGACCAGUUAUUUGCCCUUUUGGUGGUCACAAGGUCCGGACAACGUGAACAUAACGGGUGACAAUCACGUGACCAUGGUGACCAGCGAGCACCUGAACAAUUUGCUGAAGUCGGUGCUAAACCUGAUCCGCGCGCAGGUCGCUGUAGAGGGCGCCCCGUGGAUGGUAACAAUCGCCGGACACGCCGGUCAGAUAAUUAUCAACUCUUCGGAAGAGUUGCUAACGGAUCCGGUGAUGCCGUUGGCGCAGAAGCUGAGCCAGAGAGCCGAUGCGGCCUAUCAUCGCGAGGAUCUGAUGCGCGGUUACCUGAAAUCGGCCACCGAUGACACGUCGGCUGUCGAGCAACAGCUUCAGGAGGAGUUCGCGCUCCUGACCCGCGAUGUCUACGCUUUCUACCCGUUGCUCAUCAAAUACGUGGACAUCCAGAAGGUGAUUAUCACUCUCUAUAUCACAGGUCAUUGGCUGAAGAACAACACUCCCGAAGCGGAACAGUUGUAUCAUUUCGUGAAGAAGAAACGUGAGGGCAAACGAGACAAAGACAAAGAGCUGGCGGCCAGUCUAAUGGUGGCGUGUCUUAAGCGGCUGCUGCCGGUGGGCCUCAACGUGUUCGGCGGUCGGGAGCAGGAGUUGGUACAGCACGCGAAGGAGAAGUGUCUGAAGCGUCGGCCGGACGCCGACAUAUUUGAUUACGUGAAGACACAGCUGACACUGCCCGACAAGAUUGAUCCCAGCGACGACAUGUCGUGGCAGCACUAUCUGUACAGCAAACUCGGCUCCAAGAAGGCGGUCACCGGCCGCGAACUGGCGCUCGUGGACGCGCCCGGAGCUAAACACUCUAAGGAUCCACAUCUGGCGGCGGAUCAGCUCGUGGAGAGGAUUAUUGAUAUGUCGAAAGUGCUGUUCGGACUCCACACGAUCGAUCACCCGUCGGGUCAGCAAAAAGGCGUCUGGAGGUCAUGUGUCUCGAGCCAGAGGAAGCGGGCGGUCAUCGCAUGCUUUCGCAUGAUAUCACUUCAUUCAUUGCCCAGUAAGAAAAAGGCGGCCAUAAAAUGCCUGCUCAGUUCACCACUGUAUUCACUUAGCAGGCACCGGGCGAUGAACAUAUUCCUGAAGACCUACUCGGAUAUGUGGCUAUCGGUGGAGAACGUGGGUCACGAGCAGCUCAUCGAAGACAACACCGAGUCGUUCGAAGAGGCGGAGAAGAAACGGACGGGCGAUGAGGAGGCGGACGGACGGCCCGACCCUAUCAACCAAUUGGUGACGGCGUUCUCGAGGGCGGCCACCACUGAACACGGAGGCGCUAUGAAGGAGGACUCACUCUUCAUGGACUACGCCUUCAUUUUCACCCAAAGCAAUGGCGGCGCUGAAGAGGACGAGGAGGAAGAGGGCGGAGGCGGCGAAGGCGGUGACGGAGGCGAAGGGGGCGGCGAAGAGGGUGCCGGCGGAGGCGGUGGAGAGGAGGGCCCGUCCAUACACGAGCAGGAGAUGGAGAAACAGAAGCUACUGUUCCAACAGCAACGGCUGGCCGACCGGGGCGUAGCCGAGAUGAUACUGUUGUACAUAAGCGCGUGUCGCGGCGAACAGACCCAGAUGGUGCUCAAAACCCUGAAGCUCGGCAUUAGUAUAUUGAAGGGCGGUAAUGUGGACGUGCAGAUGCGCAUGCUCAAACACUUGAAAGACAAAAAGGAUGUGGGCUUUUUCAUCUCGAUAGCGGGCCUGAUGAAUUCGUUCUCGGUGCUCGACCUGGAUGCGUUCGAGCGCAACCAGAAAGCCGAGGGCUUGGGUGCCGGCGCUGAGGGCACCACCGGCGAGAAGAAUAUGCACGACGCCGAGAUCACUUGCGCCGUGUUUAGGUUCAUCCAGUUGCUGUGCGAGGGCCACAAUUUAGAGUUUCAGAACUACUUGCGCACUCAGGCCGGCAAUACGACCACGGUCAAUGUGGUCAUUGCCACCGUUGAUUACCUGCUCCGACUCCAGGAGUCCAUUAUGGACUUCUAUUGGCACUAUUCCAGCAAAGAGGUGAUCGACCAGUCCGGCAAAGAUAAUUUCAUCAAGGCCAUUACGGUGGCCAAACAGGUGUUCAGCACGUUGACCGAGUCCAUUCAGGGUCCGUGCUCUAUGAAUCAGCAGGCGUUGGCCCACUCGCGGCUGUGGGACGCCGUCGGGGGCUUCAUGUUUCUGUUCGCACACAUGCAGGACAAGCUCUCGAAGAACUCGUCCCAAUUGGAUCUGCUGUUGGAACUGUUGGACCUCCAGAAGGAGAUGGUGAUCAUGAUGUUGUCGAUGCUCGAGGGAAACGUUAUGAACGGCACGAUUGGUAAGCAAAUGGUGGACACACUCGUGGAGAGCGCCGCCAAUGUUGAGGUCAGUGGUAGUGAUGGCUAUAUGAUUCUCAAGUUCUUUGACAUGUUUCUCAAACUCAAAGAAGUGAUCACUUCCGCCGCGUUUCAGGAGAUCGAUAAAAAGAACAUCGGUUGGGUAACCGCCAAAGACUUCCAGAAGGCGAUGGAACAGCAGAAGAUCUACGCGCCCGAAGAGAUCCAAUACCUGAUGUCGUGCUGUGAGCCCAACCACGACGGCCUCAUCGACUACCGCGAGUUCACCGAACGCUUCCACAAUCCGGCCAAAGACAUCGGCUUCAAUCUGGCCGUCCUGUUGACCAACCUAUCGGAACACAUGACAAACGACCCGCGACUGCAGCGGUUCCUCGAGACGGCCUCAUCGGUGCUCAACUAUUUCGAGAACUUCUUGGGCCGCAUAGAGAUCAUGGGUUCGUCCAAACGGAUCGAAAGGGUGUACUUCGAGAUCAAAGAGGAGACCAUUAAUCAGUGGGAGAAACCGCAGAUCAAAGAGUCGAAGAGAGCGUUCUUCUAUUCGAUUGUCACCGAAGGCGGAGAUAAGGAGAAGUUGGAAGCGUUUGUCAACUUCUGCGAAGACGCCAUCUUUGAGAUGCAACACGCGAGCAGUAUAUCCAUGGAGGACGACGAGGAGCCCACCAAAGCAGGUGACUACCCCUAUCCGGGCAGCGAAGAGGCGCCGGUGUCGGCACUGGAACCGAUCCGAAACCUAUUCCGAUACGUAUGGCUACGACUGUGCAAACUCUUCGGUCACCUCAAGCCCUCAAAUCUGCGCAAACAGUGGCAACGACUCAAAGAGAAGACAUACUUCGAGCUGUUUAUCGGCUUUUUUAAGCUCACAUUCGGUUCGCUGUUUUUGGGCGGAUAUACCAUAUAUUACAUCAACAAAUGUGUCUUCAAAUUCAUACUCAAACUCAUGACCGGAGAGCCGAUCGCCGGCGGCGACGGUUACGGACCCGACGACUACGAGUACGAGUACGACACCGGCGGCACCGAUAAGGCGCUUAUGCCGGCCGGCGGUUCGCCCACCACCGCCGCGGCCCAGACUCCACUCCCGGACACAACCCGUAUGGCUAUUAUGAGUGCCGAAGACAGCGCCGCGGCUUCCGUAGCGACUGAUGCCGUCGGCGAUCACCAGCCGAACGGACAGUUGCCCGACGGCGACAGUCCGAUGGCUGACGGGAAGCACCGGACGAACGGCGAUCUUAAGGCUAUGGACGGCGAGACUGUUGUCGCCGCUGACGAUCAGGAAACGGGUGGCGCUGAAGAUCAGACGGUGGCCGCCGAGUCUCAGCCUCCGACGGCACCGCCUAUGGUUCCCGCCGAAGACGCCGGCGGUAACGGCGGAGCCGGUGGUAGCGGUAAAGCGACGGCCGACGCACCGGUGGUGAACUCUAUGCCAAAUGUGGCCAACUAUACGAAGCGAUUUGUGUAUUGGUUGGCCAGAAAUCUAUACACAUUUAAAAAGAUUGCUCUGUUUAUGGCGUUUAUUAUCAAUUUGAUGCUUCUCUUCUACAAAGUGACCAGUUUUACACCCGACGGCGACGGAGGCGACUCUGAGGCCACCGAUGCCGGCGAUGACGGCUCGGCUGAGGCGGCGGUCGAUGCCGUGGCCGACAUUAUAGAGGAGGUGACCACUGCGGCGGCCGAUCUAUUAACAGGUGGCGACGGAGGAGGAGAUCCGGGCGGUGACGACGACGGCGACGACAACGUGAUCGAGUGGCUACAGAUGGAGGAGGGCUGGUACUACUUGGAGCCGGUGCUCCGGGGGCUGGCGCUGCUCCACUCACUGCUAUCGUUUUGUAUGCUAAUCGCGUACUACAACCUCAAAGUACCACUAAUUAUCUUCAAGCGGGAGAAAGAGGUGGCGCGACUCAUGGAGUUCGACGGCCUGUAUAUCAGCGAACAGCCCGAAGACGACUACCGGGCCCAGUGGGACAAACUGGUGAUCAGCACCCGGAGCUUUCCCGUGAAUUACUGGGACAAGUUUGUGAAGAAGCGCGUGCGGGCCAAGUACUCGGAACAGUAUGAUUACGAUAACCUGUCGUCGCUGUUGGGCAUGUCUAAGACCGGGUCGGCCGGUAUGGAUGAACAGACGCCCACCACCGGCUACCUGUCCUUCAUUACCGCCUGCGACUGGAAGUACCAGAUAUGGAAAAUUGGCGUCACUUUUAUGGAUAAUGUGUUUUUAUACAAUUUGGUAUACUUUAUGCUGUCAUUGAUGGGCAACUUUAGCUACUUUUUCUUCGCCGCCCAUCUGUUGGACAUUGCGGUAGUCAUACCGACCCUCAAGACUAUACUCCAGUCGGUCACACAUAACGGCAAACAGUUGGUGUUGACCUUAAUGUUGUUGAUAAUCGUGGUUUACAUCUAUACUGUGAUUGCAUUCAACUUCUUCCGCAAGUUCUACGUUCAGGAAGAGGACGACCAGAUCGACCAGAAGUGCCACAACAUGCUUACCUGCUUUGUGUUUCACUUAUACAAAGGCGUGAGGGCUGGCGGUGGUAUCGGCGAUGAGAUCGAGGCGCCCGACGGCGAUGAGUACGAAGUGUAUCGCAUUAUAUUCGACAUCACUUUCUUCUUCUUUGUUAUUGUCAUCCUUCUGGCCAUCAUUCAGGGUAUGUGCGGACACACAGUCAUUAUCACUUUCAAGGGUGUAAGUGCUGUGUUCUGA